CGUUCCUUUCACGGAAUGUCGCUGGAUAAUAACAUGCACGCUCACGAAAACACAAUUUCACCGUCAAGGGCGAGCCGGAAAAAAUCUAUAGUUGCUGAUUCAAACUUGGAAAACUAUCUGAACAUGAUGGGUCGUUCAAAGCGAAAGAGGUCGAGCCCAAGAAGCCUACAGGGUAAUGCAUGGAUUUUACCCCCUCACAUGAAAUACGUAACGUUACGCCCUCAUCAAGUAGUAAUGAAAGUAAUGGCAGUGUCCAUAAAUGAAAUCUGUGAGCAUACGAAACUGGCGAGGGAAAAGGCGAUUUUCGGAGACUACGAGACGUCCAGUGUCAUAUACUCAGAGGUAAUACACAGGAUUCAGAAGCUGCUUCUUACGAUAGCCGACACGACUAGGCGGAGCAAGUGGCAGCUGGUCCUGCAUCAGAUUUCCCAGGAGCAUGAGAAACUCCAGAGGAUCCUUUCGACUCUCCAGCUCUUCAGGAGGGAUCCAAACAGCCGGCCAAUAGGAGUGCAAAUGAAUAAAGUGCUUGGUUUCGACGAGCCAACCAAGGAUCCACAUAUAAUAUGGAUGGGUACGCCAAAAGAACCAGAUGUCUGGUCGAUGCCACAGCAGAGAGACCCGGACGUCUGGCCGCCGCCGACUCCAGUCGAUCACAGGACGACUGUUAAGAGGCCACAGGCUAAGAAGACUGAGCAGACAGCCAAGGGCAAAAACUCCAAACCAACCAACACCCUUACACGUCGCAACGAUGCCAACAAGCUCACAAAUCGUAAAAACGACGACAAAAGUCGACCGGGGACCAACAGGAAGGAAAAUGGCAAUCAUAAUGAAAAAAUUGAUAAAGAAAAAGAUAAUAAAGAAUCUGAAAACAAGGACAGCAUUGAGGACAGGAAGUUUGACCCAAGUGGUUACGAUCAUGACCUCGUUGAAAUGCUAGAAAGGGAUAUUGUUCAGAAAAACCCAAAUAUACGGUGGGAUGACAUUGCUGAUCUCAAAGAAGCAAAACGACUACUUGAAGAAGCAGUAGUUCUUCCUAUGUGGAUGCCAGAUUUCUUUAAGGGGAUUAGAAGGCCUUGGAAAGGUGUUCUUAUGGUUGGGCCGCCAGGAACAGGCAAGACGAUGCUUGCAAAAGCAGUGGCGACCGAAUGCGGGACGACGUUCUUCAACGUGUCCUCGUCUACGCUCACUUCAAAGUACAGGGGCGAGUCAGAGAAGCUGGUGCGGCUUCUGUUCGAGAUGGCCAGAUUCUACUCGCCGUCGACUAUCUUCAUUGACGAGAUAGACUCACUCUGCUCUCGGCGGGGAUCUGAGAGCGAGCAUGAAGCCUCACGGCGCGUAAAGUCAGAGCUCCUUGUCCAGAUGGACGGCAUCAGCUCCAACAGUGAGGAUUCUACCAAAGUCGUCAUGGUACUCGCAGCGACAAACUUCCCCUGGGAUAUUGAUGAAGCAUUAAGGAGAAGACUGGAAAAAAGAAUCUACAUCCCCCUACCCAACAACGAAGGAAGGGAAGCUUUGUUGAGGAUUAAUUUAAGAGAUGUCAAAGUUGAACCAGAUGUCGACAUGAAUGACAUCGCAGCAAGACUGAAAGGUUAUUCGGGUGCAGACAUCACCAAUGUGUGCAGGGAUGCGUCAAUGAUGUCGAUGAGGAGAAAAAUUGCGGGUCUAAGGCCCGAACAAAUCAAACAACUUGCCAAAGAAGAUUUGGAUCUUCCAGUAUCGAAACAAGACUUUGUAGAAGCCAUAAUGAAAUGCAACAAAAGUGUGUCUAAAGAGGACUUAGACAAGUAUGACAAAUGGAUGGCAGAGUACGGCUCGUCGUGAUGAUAGUCGAUCCCUCCCUUCUCCUCGUUAUUGAAUAAAGAUAGGGCAGUUUUCAUCAGUACAGGUCUAAAAAGCUGUCUUGUCAUUCCUGCGAAACGCCCUUUCCAAAGUGUGAACUAUUCAGGAAAAAAGGUUCCAGGUUGUGUUAGUUUUUUUUGUUGUUUUUUCUUUUUUUACAUGCGCAUACAGAACGCAAGGAUAAAAUAUAUUGUAUGUAUGUAUUUUUGUAGCUUUUACGAUAAUUCAGUAGUGCACCAGAAUGAUUUUUUAUAAAUCCUUUUUCUUAAAAAUGUAUAUCAAACAAACCCCCUUCCAGAAUAGGACUGUAAAUAUACCUGUAUUAAAUAACGACGUCCUUUCUUAUUGUAAUAAGAUUCUAAAAUUGUUAAUAUUUUUGCUCAUUCUUGCCAUAGUUUAAAUAAAACAUAUUUUACUAAACAAAUAUCCUCUUUAGUUCAUUAACAUUGUGACUGUUUUAACAUUUUAUAGACAAUAAUACAUAUCAUUCUAAUGAGUAUUUCCAAUGUUUCCUGAAUAUUAAUUUUUUAAUGUUUUGUGUGUUAUUGGCUAAGUACUUAAUUUACAGAGGAAAAACACUUGUUAUUUAUUUAUUGUUAACAUAGGUUUAGAUCUCAUUAAUUGUUUGUACGCAGAGGUAAAAAAAUUGAAUAAAUCAAAUUUAAAUUUU